GCCUGCUGAGUAGAGCGGUUACGGUUGGGGAUUUUCACGCGACUGGCUCCAGCCUUAUUGUGACUACUUCCCUAAUCUUUGCAAUGACUGCCCUUUGGAAAGAUAUUUUGCGUAAUGUCCAGCUCAUUCAGUACGUGGCCCCAAUUGCAGUGGAUGCAGCACUACUUGAAGGUGUUCUAAUGAGGACCAAAGAUGAGCCCAAUGCAUCUGAUGUGGUGAAUUAUGCUCCCUUUACACUGCUCCCAUCUGCAGUACCAAGCAGUCUACUUGAACAAGCUUAUUCAGUUCAGCAAGACUUUAACCUGCUGGUGGAUAAAGUUAGCCAGGAUACAGAAUUCCUGGAGAGUACUCUUGCCAGUACUGUCAAAGUGGAUGACUUUACAGCCCAACUUUUUAAAAUCUACAAGCAAGUUUUGAAAGAAGGUGUGACUCAGUCAGUGUCUUUAGGAAUCAAUCGCUCUGAUUACAUGUUUGACUAUGGUGCAGAUGGCUCUCCAGCUCUGAAGCAAGUAGAAAUAAACACCAUUGCUGCCAGUUUUGGAGGCCUCACAUCUCGAACCACUGCAGUGCAUCGGCAUGUGUUGAAUGUUUUGGGGAAAUCCAAGGAAGCCUCAAAAUUACUGACAAAUAAUCCAUCUAAAGGGAUUGCCAUGGGCAUUGCAAAAGCUUGGGAACUCUAUGGCUCAGACAGGGCAGUGGUAAUGUUCCUGGUUGAAGAGGCUCAGAGGAAUAUUUUUGACCAACGCUGUGUAGAAAAUGAACUUUGGAUGAGGAAUAUACGGGUGAUCCGAAGAAGAUUUAAAGAUGUGUUUGAAAAAGCAUCUUUGGAUAAUGACAAGAGAUUGCAUAUAGAUGGAGAGGAAAUUGCAGUGGUGUACUAUAGAGAAGGCUAUGUGCCAAAGAAUUAUAACAAACAGAACUGGGAAGCACGGCUAUUGCUGGAAAAGUCUAGAGCAGUUAAGUGUCCUAAUAUUGCCACACAACUUGCUGGGACCAAAAAAGUUCAGCAGGAGCUGAGCCGACCAGGAAUACUGGAAAGAUUUUUGCCAAAUAGACCAGAAGCAGUGGCUCGAUUAAGAGCAACAUUCACUGGCCUCUAUUCUCUGGAGAUGGAUGAAGAAGGUGAUAAGAUGGUUGCCAUGGCUAUUGCUGACCCAGAUCGGUUUGUGUUAAAACCACAACGGGAGGGAGGAGGGAACAAUCUCUAUGGUGAUGAGCUAAAGCAGAUUUUGGAGAAAAUUAAAGACAGUCCUGAGAGGACCUCCUAUAUUCUUAUGGACAAGAUAAAACCUCUCCCUGCACUGAAUUACUUACUGAGGGCUCACAGUCCGCUGAAAGUAUCAGAAUGUGUGUCUGAAUUAGGAAUCUUCGGAGUCUAUGUCAGACAAGGUCAGGAUUUUGUGGUGAACAGACAUGUUGGCCACCUCUUACGAACGAAGGCUGUAGAACAUGCAGAUGGUGGAGUAGCAGCUGGAGUAGCUGUUCUGGAUACUCCCUAUGUGAUAUGAAAACAAAAUACCUCUUCCUCACUGUGCCCUAAGUGGGAGAUGUUCUUUUAAGGCAUGAUUGCCAAAUGGCAGACUUGAUAAUCAGAUCGAUACUGGAAGCCUUCCUCAUAUAUGGUCCCAAGAUACAAAGUGACAGAGUUGCACUGAUUCCCUCCCUCCCCCGGCGCCCCCAGUAACUGCUUCUUCCUGGCCUCAGAAAAUGCUGGAUUCCAAUUGAGGUUCAUUGACAACUUCUUCCUACUUGAAGUACCCUUAAAUCAAACAUGCCUCUCAUGGACCUAGUGUCCUUUUAUUGUACUGUGUUCAUAGACAGCCUAUUGAUGUUCUUAUAAGGCCACGAGCCACUACAGAUGCACCUUCAAGUGCCUAGUAGCAGAAGAGUAUAGUACUUUGGUCACACCUCUUCUACAUUUCCAAGGUGCGUUUUAUCCUGCUGUAGAGGGGCAGGAGGAUAAUUCUUCUUGGAUUAUGCUGCUUUGCAAUACUUUGUUUUUUGAUAGAUUCUUGUCUGAGAAGGACACAUCACAGGAUGCAUUUUUCAGGAGGCUCCUUUUAGCUGCAUGCAGAUGAAUGAACAACUAGCAUGUGGCAAAAGAAAGAGGCACAGAAGGAAUGAGAUGAAAGACAUAAAAGCAAAAGUCAUAUUUCUAUUUCUGUCUUAAUGCUCUCCAAAUACUCUCUCUCUCUCUCUCUCUCUAUAUAUAUAUAUAAGCAGCAUAUGUAUCCUAAAGAAAGAAAAUCUGUUUCCCAAAAGGUGAACUUUUGGGAAACACUUUAGAGGCUAAACUUGGGUAAUAGGCAUUGUUCUGUAGUAGCCCAGACUGGAAUGAUCUCAGCUUUAGUUUGAGUUGAAAUUAGUGGUUGAAGUGUUCUGUCCUGUGCUACUUUGGUCAGUAACACAUGAUCGUGAACAACUUCACAUAAAAGUAGUAGGACUGAAAUAUGUAGUAUCAUGUUCAGAAACUGAAAAUGGUCAAAUAUGAAGCUCAACAUGCAAACAGAUAAUCUUUUAAAAGCACCAAAAAUCAUUCCCGUUAAUUUCUAAACAUUUUGAAACAAUCGAUUAAUUUAUUUUGGUGAGUGAAAGAUAGAAAGAAUAUAUUCACCUGUAGUACCAAGUCAUGUGCCAUUUUAAGAACAGGGAAGAUUUUUUUAAAUUCAAAUGAUGCUAUUUUGAAACAGUAGCCUCCCAUGUCAUCACAUGCUUUUAAAAUAUGUGUUUUGCAAGUUGAAUGACAUUGGCUUUUGUUUUCUGAACAAUUAUCUCACCCUAUAUAUAGAUCAUACUUCAUCAUGGCCAUUAUAGUAAAAAUAAAUAGUACAAACCUGAUAUCAUACAUAGAAAACAUAUGCCUUUAGAGGAGAGGCUUAGAAUAUUAAUGUGGUUCAAUUGAGAGAACAACUUUAAGGACCAACAGAAACUUGAGUUAUAUCAGAACGUCUUUUUUCAAUAGCCUAAAUGAGUUUUCUAAAUAAAAUGCCUUGAUACUUAUUGGAAGACCGUUUUUUAAAAAGGAUAUUUAAGUUCUUUGCUCUCCUUUUUUCUUCCUAUAUGUACUUAAUGCUCUAAUCUUGUAUCACCUGUGCCUGAACAGUUUUAUCAAAUGGAUGUUCCUAGGCUUUUUAGUCCAAGUAUUUCUAAAGCUGUGUGGAUGGUGCUUGUGACACUCAGCACCUGCUGUAUGUUAAUUCCUCUACAGUUACACAACUGGCAGAGGCCAUUUCACAACAUUGUUUAACACAUAGAUGUUUAGAAGAAAAUGAACUGCUGUGUGUUAUUAAAACCAGCAGAUGGCCUCAGUUAAAUGUAAAUUUCAUGAAGGACAGAAGCAGAAUUCUAAAGCCAAAAUGUGAUCAUGACCAUGAAAAAGAAUGAGAAAAAUAGAAAUCUAAACUCAUGAGUUGUUAAAAACUUUGUCCAGGAAUAAUCCCUAUCUUCUGUAAUAAGAUUUUUGCUGUAUUAAUGCAUCCAACACAUCUCCCUUUAGUUUUAUAGUUCAAUGUCUUCCAUUGCAAGCCUCUUGUCCACAUCUACAUUAGACUUGAAAGAAACUGAGUAUACGAACCAAAUCUACCAUCCACCCAGGGGUGGUUUACUGUAGCCAAACAGUAUUUAUUUAAACUAGUCCCAAAUUUGAUUUAAGGAUUCUGUAGUUCUUCUGUUGUAGGACCAAUUCUUAUUGGGAAAUCCCUGUUGGAUUCUUUGACCUGUAACAUUCAUCAUUAUUUAGUAGAGGAGACAGAGGCAAUAGAUGACAGAAACAUGCAAUUCAAAGAAUGUAGAAUCCUGGUCUAGGUUUCAAAUGAAAACCAGAUAGCAAACAUAUAUAAAAAAGUGACAACCAACUGUUACUGGUUU